CUCUUGUUGUAUAAAACUGGGGACGCUAGUGGUCCAAAUAUUCAGAUUUUUUCUGGAUUAGUUUAUUAUUUUUAUUAGUUUUAUAGAAUUCCUCAAUAAAGCCAGAUCAAAAACACACCUUACGUCUUAAAAAAUACUGAUUGGGUCCUUCUUGUGUCUUGAGUUGUUGUUGUUUUUUUAAAGGGCACAUCUGUACAGCUCGUGUUAUCCAGACUUUUAGUCACGAGCGUUUCUCAAAACUGCUGAAUUUGAUUGGUUGAACAUUUUUCCGCCUUAACGCUGCUUCAGAUUGCCAGACUCUAACCCCAAAGUCAACAGCAUCUUUUAGUCAUGACAUCCGCUGUCAGUGAAGGUGGUUUGCCGUCAGGACUUUUGUCAUCCUGCAGGCUGUAAAGGUCCAAACACUAGUGAGGUCAAGACGGGUCUGUGGUCAGAAAUGCAGCAAUGCGCCUUUCUUCAGCGUCAGUCCAUUCUGCAGCACCAACGUGUCGUUUCAGCGUUCAAAUGUUCAGCAGGCGGUGCGGGUGCGACCCAGUUGCUGUCGCCAUCUAGUGGUUUAAAUUAUACAAUUUACUGCUGCGACGCCUUCUUGAAAUAAUUAAUGAUCGCAGUUUAGUUCGGGCGUUUUGCGCAGCUUAAUGUGGGCAAUGCUGCUCAACUUUGACCCUGAAAAUAAAUCUGUACGUCUAUUUGAAAACAGAAGACAGAACUGUACAGGUCCGUCUCAGCAAGUGAGAAUGUCAUUGAAAAGUUAAUUUGUUUCAGUAAAUCAACUGAAAAGUGAAACUCAUAGGUUUGCUGCACACAUAAUAUUAUAUUCAAAGUAGUUUAAUGAUCGUGGUUCACAGGUAAUGAAAACCCGGAAGAAAGUGUCUAAGAAAACCAACCAAUAAAGAAAGAUUUUUAAUGCUGAAAUAUAUAUAUAUAUAUUUUAUCCUACGUAAUCACAGAGAAAACUGCUGACACACAAAGGCGAUGAAUAUUCCCAGUGUUUGGUAUCCACACAUAUUAAUAGAAAGUUUAGUGGAAGGAUUGCUGAACUGCCUUAAUGCUCAUGUUUUCACGGUGCUCGGCAGGCCAGCAAACUUGAAUAACCUAAACCUCAGAGGUAAUCUGAGAGUAGUCUUUAGGGUCAGUAUGGGAUGAUGAAGGAUUCUCCCUUACGACGUUUUACCAGAAGAAAGAUGAAGAAAGGACGCCAACAAUGGGAGUAAAAAAAAAGAAUGAAACAAGAAUUCUGAAAACUUCAACCAGCUUUACGUGAAACCAGGGUGAAACAUUUGAUUUGGGCAGAAACUGUUUACAGUUAUAGUUGCGCUUUCUACCUCCCCCCUCAAACCAGCCCCCUUCUUCUAGCCCACACACUGCUGCGUUAGUGUGCCAAUAGUUUUUUUGGAUCAAAAUGUGCUGUUUGAUGCUCUAAACCAGGAGGCAGAGGAGCGAAAUGCAGAUCUGGUGGGCUCCACUUCAAAACGCCGUGCAGACCACGACCGUACUGCAGGAGGGCUCUGCAAGCGUUCACGCUGCAAUGAUCCCAUUCGACACAGAAAAGAAGAAGGUUACAGCUGGGGCGUGGUUUUCUGAUAUCUCGCUCAACUAUCUGCCGUCAGCGUUCAGUAAAUAGCAAAGAGACGGCUUCGACGGCUAUCGUUGCCUGGAAAAGUUAAAAAUGGACCAAAAAGCGAUACGAGUUCUGUUGCUUUUAUUUCUUUGUCCAAAAAUCAAUUCUGCUGGUGAGCCUAAAUCGGUAAAAGAGGGGGAGCAGGUGAAGAUCAUGUGUAUGCUGCCUUCGCCGGGGACGAUUGUGUUCUGGUUUAGAGUGGUGGAGGACUCAGGCAUGGAAUUCAUCGGGUCUUUCGCUCCUGGUGGUGCAUUAAAAAUAGCUGGACCCAACCACGGCAAGAACCUCGUUGUAAGCAAGCAAAGUGAUGACUUUGUUUUAACGGUGAAGUCCUUCGACAGGAAAGGUGACAGUGGAGUGUACACCUGUGCUGCUCUCAUCACCGGAAAUAAGCUCUCAUUUGGACAAGUAACUCAACUUCGAGGACCAAUUACAGCAACACCAAAACCACCAGUAAUCCAGGUUUCCACCACCAGGCAGACAACAACUCCGACCAGGUGUCUUUGUAACCAGAAGGAUAAGUCAGCAGGCCCUGCCCUGUUUUGUGCUCCGAUCAUACUGGGCCCACUGGCCGGAGGCUGUGGCCUUCUUCUCCUGCUCCUCGUCAUCACCGUUUUAUACUGCAACAAAAUGAGGACUCGGAGAUGCCCUCACCAUUACAAAAGAAAGCCGAGGAUGAUGGCUCCUGAAAAACAUCUGCCCGAUCGGUACACCUGAAACGGAUGUAGUGACUUUGUCUGCAGUUUUUCAAAGUGCAGCUAUAUUUCCCUCUUUAUGUUUGCCAGAAAAACAAAUUUAUUCUUUUAACAACAGCUUGUAAAAUACAAAAUUAAUAAUCUGACAUGUCAGAAGAAAAAAAAAAAAAUUAUGUAUGGCAAAAAAUGUUUAGUGACCGAAGCGGUUCCCUGUUUUGAGUACAGAGAGAGCUUUGGUUAAUUAUUAAUUAUGCCAAACUUAUUACUAUGGACAUGAAGUUUUUAACUGAGGUGCAGAUUAAUGUCAGAAAACAAUGCGCUGCUGUGUUAGCAUUUUUUAUUAUGUCAUGUAAAUUUGCCCAAUCCUAAUUGUUGCUGAUGUUAACUGAAGACGAAACUGAGAAUAUAUUAUGUUUAUAUUUCCAACUAACCUUUUUGUAACUGUAUAUUGAUAUUUGUUUCUCCUUUUCUUUGCUCACAUUUACAGUACUUCGAUCUGAGUUUCCUCUUGAACUGAGAUCAAACUUUACCGUCACACUUUAGCUUCCUGUUUGUGCUUCAAGCUUUUAUAUAACCACAGUUCAAUUGUUCAGCUGAAAUAUAACCUGCUUCUUGGAUGUGCGUUUUCUUUCAUUUUAAUACAUUAUUUGGGCAGCCAAACUAAUAAUAAAAAAACCAAAACCU